UUCAGCGCGCAACUGUGUGCUGUGUGUGUUUGUGAGGUGAGCACGCCGUGCGUCUCGUCUCGCCUCCCCCUUGGAAGCGCUUUGUUUGGGCGGGUAGAGAUCGUGCAGUCCACCAUUUUUAGUGAAGAUUUCGGCUUCCACGCAUUUCCAAAACGCGAGUGUCCGUGUCGUGCAGUGAUGUCCGUGGGUCUGGAGUCUGGGUUUUCUAGCGAGGAGGUGCUGAAUAUUCGCUUCCCUCUCCACCGCGCGUGCAGGGAUGGAGACGUGGGCGCGCUCUGCUCGCUCCUGCAGCGCGGCUCCGAGCAGCUCUCGGUCGAGGACUCUUUCUACGGCUGGACGCCUCUACACUGGGCUGCACACUUCGGCAAGCUGGAGUGUGUGGUGCGUCUAGUGCAGGUGGGAUGUGGUGUGAACUCUGUGACCUCUCGCUUUGCCCAGACGCCUGCUCAUAUUGCUGCCUUCGGGGGUCAUCCUCAGUGCCUGCUCUGGCUGCUGCAGGCCGGAGCUGAUAUAAACAGACAGGAUUAUGUUGGAGAAACCCCCCUCCACAAAGCGGCCCGUGCUGGCAGCACUGACUGCAUUAACACCCUCCUGCUCCAGGGAGCAAAGGCAGACAUGAGGAACGCUAGUGGACUGACCGCAGCUGACCUAGCCCAUACCCAGGGCUUUCAAGAGUGUGCCCAACUGCUCUCCAAUGCCCAGAACCGGCAACUCAAUCAGCUUAAUGGAUUCUCAACCAAUGGCUCUGUGUGCUUUGGAGACCGCAAGCUAAUCCAAGAACGGGGUGUCUUUAAUGGGGUUCCCAGCCGAAAGAGGUCUCUUGAUUGCAUGGAGUCUAAUCACAUUAAAAAGGCCAGAACAGAUGAUCUCGGUUAUCAGCCAAUAAACCGGUCCAGUGGGGAAGACCAGAUGGAGAACAUGCACAUGGAGUUUGGGCCUGCACUGAAUUCCACAGCAGGACUCUGCCAUCCUAUGCAGCACCUCAAUGGGGGUGACCUGAUGCGUGAGAACAUAAAUGGGAAUUCAUCCAAGGUUAAGAGUGGUGAUCAUAUUGGGAAUGAGGGGGUCUCCUCACGUCUUGGUCUUUUUGACAGUGGCCUUCACUAUGGGCACCAUAACGGCUUUGGAGACACAGCUGAGAACAUGGAGGAUGCCAGCAGUCAGAUAGAGCACCGCAAGUCCGUCAGUGUAGAGGAGCAGUACGACCACAUCACAUUCGACACCAUGCACAUCUACCAUGGGUGUUAGGAUGCCCUGUCCACACUUAACAUGCCUUUAUACAUCCAUUAAGAAUGUGCUGGAUUGCUUUAAGUCCAUGUGUUUUGAAAGGGACAAUGUAUUUGUGUUGUAAAAAAAAAGGUGCAUUUUAUGUUUUUUUUUGGUUUGGUUAAGUCAGAAAAUCAUGAAACUUUUUAUGCAUUAUUUGAUCCAUUGUAUUAAUUGUGCCUACGUAUUAACUAUAAUUCUUUAAUGACAUCUCUUUCCUAUGUAGUAUUAAAAGCUUAUGAUUAAAAUGGUU